AUAUGUUAUCCCCAUCCUCGUGACCCCCCUCUCCCUCUCUCUCUCUCUCUCUUCCCAUUCCAAAACCCUUAUUAACCCCAAAAUCAAAUCCCCAUCACCGAAAUCGCCAGCCCCAUCACCGUUGUAGUUGACAUCCCCCCUCACCGACCGACCGACUAACGUCAUCGAAAGGCCCCGAUGUCGACAUCGAAGACGCCGACGUCGACUUCCCCAUGACCGACCGACUUGAGCAAUUUAUUAUAUGCAGCUGUGGACAACGGGAACCAUGGGAGAACUUUCUCCAAACUUCUUAUUUCUAGGUAACAUUGUUUGUUAGAGAGAGGUUACGACCAAUCUGGUCUCUCAUGAUCUCCUUGAUGUAAUUCUCGCUGAUUCAUAGAAGAAGGAAAAAAAAUUGUGGGGAUUAGUUGAAACUAAGCAUGCUAUUUGGUCGUCCUAAAUUACAUUCUGUCGGUGUCAUUGUUGCGGUUGCCGCUGCUGCUGCAACUGUUCGUUUCCUGUGGCUCCGCCUCCCUCGUUCCCUGUCCCGUAAAUCCUUCUCAACAAGAAACCCUCCCUCUUCUUGUGGAAGCACCACGGGUAGCUCUAUGCCAACCCUCCUUGUGUUAUGUGGCAAAUAUCUUGAGGAGAACGAACUUGCUCAUUCCCUGAAGAGCAAGUGGAUGACCCUGAAGAAUUUUGGUCAAGAAGAAAAUGAAGAGGUCAGGGUUCUUCUAUGCUCUGAAAUGGAUUCAAGUCACCAGCUGAACUUUCAGAUCCAGCUCUAUAUGAAAGCACUCUCUGCUAGCAACUUUGGACGGUUCCUCAUUUGGUCUCCACGUAUUUCCUCCACCCAGGACCUUGUCUCUCAAAAAUUUUGUGACAUUCCCAUUGGUUCAGCGUGUGUUGCUGAUGUCCAGUUCAAAGGCAGAGGUCGAGUGAAGAACGUAUGGGAUUCGCCCGUGGGCUGCCUUUUGUUCUCUUUUAGUCUUCAGAUGGAGGAUGGGCGAAAGUUGCCUCUCUUGCAGUAUGUUGCUUGUCUUGCUAUGACUGAGGCAAUCAAGGAGGCUUGUCAUGCUAAAGGACUUCCAGAACUUGAAGUUAGAAUAAAGUGGCCAAAUGAUUUAUAUCUGAAUGGGCUCAAGGUUGGUGGCAUACUUUGCACUUCAACAUACAGAUCGAAAAAGUUUGAUGUUUGUGUUGGUAUUGGCUUGAACGUAGAUAAUGAGAAGCCAACAACUUGCUUGAAUGUCGCACUACAAGAAUUAAGUUCUGUUUCACAUCAACUGACCAGGGAAGAUAUACUUGCUGCUUUUUUCAACAAAUUUGAAGAAUUUUUUGAAGUUUUCUUGAAUAAAGGCUUUCAAGAUCUUGAAGAAAUGUACUACAGAACUUGGCUUCACAGUGGCCAGAAGGUUGUCAUAGAGGAGAAACAUGAUGGACAAUCUGCAGAUGUAUCAGUAACUGUUCAGGGAUUAACAUCCUCGGGGUAUUUAUUAGCUACUGAUGAGGACAAUAAGAGCUAUGAGCUUCAUCCAGAUGGUAACAGUUUUGACUUCUUCAAGGGACUCGUGAGGAGGAAGCUAGGUUGAAUAAGUUGCCAAGUUUUCUUCUUCUUAUUAUUUAUAUAUAUAUAUAUAUAUAUA